AUGCACUUGAGAUAUGUUCUAAGUGAAAUGCUGAAAAGCGAAAUGCUGAAUAGCAAAAGGCUGAACAGAGAAAGGCUAAAUAGCGAAAUACAACAAAUUUCCAAACCAUUAGUAACCAUGCCACGAAUAACUUCCCUUUUUUUACUCUCCAUUUUAUUCUCUUUUUUUCUUUUCUCCGGGCAAAAUGCAUUAACAAACGAUGACGAAAAAAUUAAAAAGGCUACCUUACUAGCCUUGCUAAAAAACACCUUUAUCGAUAAUGCGGAAAAUAAAAAAGAAGACGACAUAAACGGUGCAUUGGAAAACCUAAACAAUAUGACCUUACACCCCACAGAUACCGACAAGUUUGACAAAUUUUUGGAUCACUUUUUUAAAUUUUAUCGCAUUUACGUAACUUUCAGUGAUAAGGACAAAAGGGUGUUACACCUCUCUGGGGUUUUAAAUGAGGUGUACGUAGACGUAGAGUCCCUCAGCAAAGAAAACCUCCAGAAACAUUUUGACAGUGUUUACAAGAAGGGACUCAAUUUGAUUAAUUUAAUCGUGCAUAGUAAUUUGGUGAAUCCCAAAUAUGAUGAAACGUUGGUUCAGGGGGUGGAGUGGGUGAAGGAUGACCCCACGGAAGGGGAGGGAACCCACGAGAAGGUCGACCCCGCACAAGAUAGCUACCCUCACGAGAAGGUAGACCCCACGGAAGGGGAGGGAACCCACGAGAAGGUCGACCCCGCACAAGAUAGCUACCCUCACGAGAAGUUCGACCCCGCACAAGAGAGCUACCCUCACCAGAAAGACAGCCCCGCUGAGAACUACGCCCAUUUCGACACCCAGAAGUUUAAAGGACCCUCCCAGUAUGACCAAAGCCAAAAUUACGCGGUGACGCCUGAAUAUGCUCAUCACUACCACUACGGUGGAAAUGAAGAAGACCCGGAGGAUAUGGAUUACGAAAAUGGUGAAGAAUACGAUGCGCAGGAGGAUCAAGACGAUCAAGACGAUCACGAUGAGCACUACGAAUACGACGAACAAAACCAUGGCGAACACGACGAACAAAACCAUGACGACCACCACGAUGGGGAAGAUAAAAAGAAAAUCAAAUACGUGGGAAAAAAACUCAAAAAUUUGCUAGCCAUGAAAAACAUCAAACUAAAUAACAACUCUACUGGAGAAUUUAAAGUGAACUUCUACACGAACUACGUGAAUUACAUCAACACCCCAUACGAUGUACCCCCAUUUCCCUUUCAUAAGGACAGCUACAAAUACGCUGAGGUUUAUUCAGGUGAUAAGAGCUACCCGAAGAAGCACACUGAUGACAAAAUUUACUAUGCCGGUGAGAAGGAAUUGAUGCCAGCACAUGUAAAAGGGGACAUGCAGAAGGAGACACAGAAGGAGACACAGAAGGAGACGCAGAAGGAGACGCAGAAAGAAGGGCCAUACGAUGUGUACAAAAGCGCAUUGAAGGGGAUGUACGAAAAGAUUAAAAAGAAGUCAGGCAUAAAGGGAUGUAAAAAUGGAUGGUGCGGGAAAAAAAGCGCGGGUAAAUAUCAAAUAAAGGAAGACAACAAUGGGGAUGACGACGACGAUGAUGAUGACGAUGAUGAUGACGAUGGCGACGAUGAUGACGAUGAUGAUGACGACCAACUGCAGAAUGAGCUAAUUCACCAAGGACAUGGACCAAACAAGAAGUCUAAAUCUGGCCAUAAGAAUAAACAAAUUCAUGGGGAAAACGUGGACGAUGAGGAAAAAACUGACAAGGCACCAGCGGAAAAGAAAAAAAAAGGCAUCGAUUUUUCUCAUACUUAUUACAACCCGUAUUACAUGUUCAAGCUGGGAAGCAGCAUGCCAACUAGGAAGAAGGCACAACCGAGUGGGAAAGGGGGGAACAUGAAAGGGGGAAAAGGCGAUAAGGAGGAGGAAGAAGAAGCGGAAGAGCUGGAAGAAGAGGAAGAAGCGGAAGAAGCGGAUGUGGAAGACGAAGAAGACGCGGAAGAAGCCCAAGUGGCAGACGAAGAAGACGCAGAUGGAGAAACCGGCACGGCGAAGAAGAACGCAAAGAAAAGCGCCGCGAACCUCUUCGUAAACGCGCUUCUAGAACUGGCAGGCUACCUAGAUCCGAGCGAAAGCAAAAACAGCGAACUGAAGGAGGACAAAAAUAAUCUUUGGCAAAGCAACAAAAAUAAAUCCAUAUACAAAAGAAAAGAAAUGAAGAGCAGAAAAAUGAAAACAAAGAAAGACAUCCUAGACGAAAAGACAAUAGAAAAUGUCAAAGACACCAUGUACCUUAAAGUAGGACAAAAUGGAACAAAUGGAUUCUUAAAUUUCUUCGAUUUUAGAGAAAAUUCAAUGAAAAAAAAUUACCAAGAUCUCUUAAAAGUGAUGGAAUACUUAAAGGUGUUUAACAUAACCGAAACGAUUAUUUUUAUUGAGAAGUUCACACAAUCUGUGUGUGCCUCGUACUGCAUGGGGAUCACAGAUGUGUUGGAGCUAGUAAAUAAUGACAUGUUAUUGUAUGAGAAAAUGUCUUUGCAUUUCCAUAAGAAUGGCAUGAUUGUCACGACUAAUAAAGACUACGAAAUUAAUGACAUGAGUUUUGAAAUGUUGAUAAAUUUGCUAAACAUAAAUAGAUACACCAUACCUCUUGCUUGUCCUUGUAAAUCCUACACCAACGAUAUUAUCAGCUACUAUAAGCAGUACAAAUCAAGUUUGAUGGGAUAUUUUACCCAGUCGAAGGGAUCGGAAUACUUGGAAAAGUUCACUCCCCAGUACAUGCUGGAGCAGUUAAUGCUUUUGGAGGAGAAAUUGAAUUAUAUUAAAAAGAAUGGAAAAAUAUCCUCAGAUACGUCUGUGAAAAAUUUGGAGAGUAAGGACCUUCACACGACGGCCUACUACCACAACAACAAGUUCUUCCCCCCCUUGAAGGCAUCCAGCGCAUUGGCCACUGCGCCUGUAAGUGGCGUCGACGGGAAAAGCGGACCUUGCCACGCUAGCGGAUUGGGAGAAAAGGGGGUUGACGGCAAUGGUGCAAGUAGCCACGAAAGCAGCGACGAAAGCAGCGAAGAAAGCAGCGACAAAAGCAGCGACAAAAGUAGCCACGGAAGCGAUCACGGAGGCGUGAACGUUGCGGACGAGCUUAAGUACCCGGACGUAGACACACUGAACAUCUAUUACAACGCCUCCCCAGUGAACCUGAAAAGUAUCCACGAUAUUAAGAACAUGCUCAUUGACGAAGUGAAGUCGAAAAUAUUUUACAUAAACUCGUACCGAAUAGGAAACCAGUUUUUCCCCACGUACAGCAACCUAGGCAAAGACGACCACGAUUUGGAAAUUCUGGAGUCGGCUAAUUCGCCCAAACUGAAAGCGGGAGGCACGAAUAAGCGAAGCUCCAAGUUGGGCAACUUCGUGGUGCCCAAGCUGGAAUUUGUGGAGAAGCACUGCAAAGGGGAAAAGAAAAAUGGGUGCAGUGUUGGAGGCAGCGGUGGAUGCGGCGGUGGAGGCAACAUCGGAUGCAGCGGUGGGGGCAACAUCGGAUGCAGCGGUGGGGGCAACAUCGGAUGCAGCGGUGGGGGCAGCGGGGAUGAUGGAGCCCUCGUGAAGCACAAAAUCAUGGGAAACAGCGACUGGAUUCCGUUGAAAAGCCCUCGCAACCACGAAGACUUUUACAACGCGAAAAAGCUCAACACGAACCUUUCUGACCAUGAGGGGAAGAAAUUGUGCGAAAAGAAAAUGGACGAAAACGAGUGCGUAAGUUUGAAGUGCUCCUUUUUGGAGAAGGAAGCGCAUGUGAAGAAGACGCCCACAACAGUUGCAAAGGAUUCCGACGAGGGUGACAAGCACAAGGGUGACAAACACAAGGGUGACGGAGGAAGUGCGACCGAUGGGGCAGACCAAGCGGACAACGAGAACAACGUAAACGAGAGCGACGAACAUGAUGUGGACUCCCUCAAACUGCAGAGCAAAAUGGGAGGAACCUGCUCGUGUAAGAAGAAAAAAGUGAUAAGCGCCAAAUAUUUAAUUUAUUUUUUUAAAAAUGUACAUUUGUGGAAAACUGGAGAAUACUGCCAAAACGUUAUCUACAUAGAUAACCUGCUGAAGAAAAUUAAUUACAACGAAGAAAUCAUAUUCGAGGAACAGCUAGACGAUGACAGCGUGGUGAUUUAUUUCUCGUCCAACUUGAAGGACAAAUACAAACUUGACAUGGAUUAUUUCAUAUUCUUAUUGCAAAAAAUCUCACUAAUUAUGUACGUGGAAAAUCUCUGUGGAAUUUUCCAGAUAGACGAAAUGAAGCAAAAUAAAAAAAUUGACAAGUAUCUAGAAAACGAAGGAAAUAUUCACAACUUUAUGGAAAAACAUAUUCUGUUUUCACAUGAACAAUAUUCAAAGAAGAACAAAUAUGCAAAGGAGUUAUCCAUAAUUUCUACUUCGAACUUUUUUUCAUCCAAAAAGGAUAUUAUCCUGAGUACCCAGUCAUACAACAAUAUCGUAUUUAACGAAAAGGAGAUUUAUGAAUCGUUGUACAUUUUCAUGGAAGGGGUGUUAACAGAACGAAUGAUGAAUGAAACAUGGCUGACACCCUAUGGAUUCAUCAUGUACAAGGCACCUUUAACCAAUGUAAAUAAUUACAAAUUAAAAAUAUCACAAAAUGAAUUCAUCACAAAAUAUUCUAGAAGUGCUAUAGAUAAAUACAUGUUUUAUGAGUACAGAAAAAUUGGAAACAACAUUGUGCAGCAUCGUUCAGAAUUGAGUCCCAAAUUAAGUGAACAUAUGGAUGACCUGAAGGAAUACACUUUAAUCAUUUACAAUGAUAAUCCGUCCAUGACCAAUAUUAUAAUCAGGACCUCUAUUAACGUUUUGAAUAUUGCCUUUUUGCAGAGUUUCUUAGAGGUCAUUUUAGACAUUAGAGCUAGUCAGCAAUUCUUUUCCUACAAGGGAAGAUUCAUCCCUAUAAACGCCUUCAUCAUUUUGGACGAGGGGGUGAACUACCUCUUCUUUAACUACGCUCCGAAUGAAAACCACAUCAACUAUAGCGCGUGA